AUGAAGUUGGCACCUGAAACCGUGAAAAAGCUUCAAUCAAAUACAGAGAAUGUUCGAAACAUCUGUAUUUUGGCCCAUGUUGACCAUGGAAAGACGUCGUUGAGUGAUUCUUUAUUGGCCACCAAUGGUAUUAUUUCCCAGAGAAUGGCUGGUAAAGUCAGAUACUUAGACUCGCGGGAAGAUGAACAGUUGAGAGGAAUAACCAUGGAAGCCUCUGCUAUAUCGCUUUACUUUCGAGUCAUGCGGAGGAAAGAAGGUUCUGACGAGACAGAGACAAAAGAGCAUUUGAUAAACUUGAUCGAUUCGCCUGGCCAUAUUGACUUUUCCUCUGAAGUUUCUACUGCGUCGAGACUUUGUGAUGGCGCAGUGGUAUUAGUUGAUGUUGUUGAAGGUGUUUGUUCCCAAACAGUGAAUGUUUUGCGACAAUGCUGGGUAGACAACUUGAAACCUCUAUUGGUUAUCAACAAAAUUGAUAGAUUAAUCACUGAGUGGAAACUUACACCUUUGGAGGCAUAUCAGCAUAUUUCCCGGAUAAUUGAGCAGGUCAAUUCUGUGAUUGGUUCUUUCUUUGCUGGCGAAAGAAUGGAGGAUGACAUGAAAUGGAGAGAGGCUGGAGCUACGGAAGAGUUCGUAGAGAAGUCUGACAGUGAUCUUUAUUUCACGCCAGAGAAAAACAAUGUGAUUUUUGCUUCUGCUAUAGAUGGCUGGGCAUUUUCUAUCAACACCUUUGCUAGAAUAUACCUGGCCAAGUUGGGUUUUUCCCAUUCGGCGUUGUCAAAAACUUUGUGGGGAGAAUUCUAUUUGGACAUGAAAAAUAAAAAGGUUAUCCCUGGCUCUAAAUUGAAGCCAUCACAAUCUUCGCUCAAGCCUUUGUUUGUGUCCUUAAUCCUAGAGCAAAUCUGGAAUAUUUACGAUGCCUGUGUGAUCGAAAGAGAUGAUGCUAAGCUUGAAAAAAUUAUCUCGAAACUAGGCGCCAACAUUUCGCAAAGAGACUUGCGUUCCAAGGACUACAAGUCGUUGCUCAAUGUCAUAAUGUCCCAAUGGAUCCCUCUUAGUCAUGCAUUGUUAGGUGCCGUCAUUGAGUAUUUGCCUAACCCCAAAAAAGCUCAACAGGAAAGAAUCGAGAAAAUCUUGGACGAGUGUUUAUAUAGCACAGUCACGGAUAAGAACAUAGACAAAAGUUCUUUGAUGGAGCCUUCAUUCAAAGAAGCUAUGAUCAAUUGUGACUCUUCUGACCCUGAUGAACAUACAUUGGCAUAUGUUUCGAAAAUGCUUUCUGUACCAGAUAGCGAACUUCCCAAAGAAGUAACCGCAGGUCCAACACAAGAAGAAGUUAUGGAGCGGCAAAGAAAAGCUCGCGAACAGGCAAAAAAAGUCUCUGAAGCUGCUGCGGCUUUAGCUGAUGCACGAUUAGCAGAUCAAGAUGACGAUAUCUAUUUGGAAACCAAGCCUGAUCAAUUCCAAUGGGAAUUUGAAGAGGACGAAGAUGAAGACGAUGAUCAGCCUUUGGAAAAAGAGACUUUAGUUGCCUUCACUCGUGUUUACUCAGGUGAGUUGUCCAAAGGUCAAUUGGUUUGUGUGGUAGGUCCAAAGUAUGAUCCCUCCUUGCCCAGAAACCAUCCAACUAACGUCCAGCAAAUAAUAGAGGAUGUAGAAGUGGAAGAUUUGCUUCUCAUAAUGGGCCGUGAGUUCGUUAGAGUUGAUUCUGUGCCUGCUGGAAAUCUUGUUGGAGUUGUCGGAUUAGGAGACAUUAUUUUGAAGAACGCAACCAUCAUGUCCGAAGUACCCGAUGACAAAGCGUACUUAAAUUUUGCCUCAACUUCGACGUUGAUCCAUAACAAACCUAUCAUGCAAGUUGCCAUUGAACCUCAAAAUCCCCUCAAGUUGUUCAAGCUCGAAAGAGGGUUAGAUUUGCUCUCCAAAGCGGACCCUGUUCUUGAGUGGUAUGUGGACGACGAUUCUGGCGAGCUUAUUGUUUGCGUGGCUGGUGAAUUGCAUCUUGAAAGGUGUUUGAAAGAUUUAGAGAAGCGCUUUGCUCCUGGAUGCGAUGUGGUGAUUAAGGAACCUGUUAUUCCCUUCAGAGAAGGCUUAGCUUAUGAGUCUGGAACUUCUCAAACAUCCGUUACUAUCCAUGUAGGUAAUGAUGCUGAAGUGGAAAAAGAUGAGGUGGACCUCCAAAUCAAAGUAUUUCCAAUGCCAUCAGAAGUCACUAAUUUCUUGAUUGCUCAUGAGGAAGAGAUUUCUGAGGUUGUAUCCUUUGGACUUAGACAUUCGGUAAAUGAAGCUGUAUCCCACGCAGCAGAUUUGCGGGGCAAGCUCAUCAGUUUCAUCGAGCAAAAUCCUUUGGAUACUGAUCUCAAAGCAAUCUUUGCCGAUGCUGUUCAAUUUGUUGAUUGUAUUGUGAGUUUUGGUCCCAAAAGGGUUGGACCAAACUUCUUUGUGGAAGAUCCAAAUAACAAUAGCCAAUUUCGCAGGAUGUUCACUGAAGAGCAGAGUGAGAAAUUUGCUCUCGAGUCGAAUGUCUUGAAUGGCUUUCAGUUGGCAAUGAAUGAGGGUCCACUUGCAUCCGAACCUAUCCAAGGAACUAUCACCGUGUUGAGAAAAUCAUACAAACCUGAGGCAGAGGAACUUCUUCUCAAUCUUCCUGGUCGGGUGUUGAAAAGAACUAAACAGCUUAUACAUGAAGAGUUUUUGAAGAACUCGCCUCGGCUUUUCCUUGCCAUGUACACUUGUGAAAUCCAAACUUCUCCUGAAGUAUUGGGUAAAGUGUAUGCUGUGAUCCAAAAAAGAGGAGGUACCAUUAUCUCAGAGGAGAUGAAGGAAGGUACACCGUUCUUUAUUAUCAAUUCCCGAAUUCCCGUUGUGGAGGCAUUCGGAUUCUCAGAGGAAAUUCGAAAAAGAACAUCCGGAGCGGCAAGUCCACAGUUGGUUUUUGAUGGGUUUGACAUGCUCGAUAUAGAUCCUUUCUGGGUGCCACAUACGGAAGAAGAAUUAGAAGAGUUAGGAACUUUUGCAGAAAGGGAGAAUGUUGCUCGCAGGUACAUGAACGGUAUCAGAAGAAGAAAGGGAUUGUUUGUGGAUGAAAAGGUUGUCAAAAACGCUGAGAAGCAAAGAACGUUGAAGAAGGAUUAA